AUGCUCCUCACCUUAAUGCCCAUCAAGGGCGCCUCGUUCACUUUUCUACUACUCGUCGUCCUCUCCUCCUAUUUCCACGCCGAGGCGCACUCCCAGGAUCCAAACCACCAUCUAAACAACCGGGAUGAUCUCUCUCACUGGCCCGAUCCUGAAACACCUUACACCUUACCCCAGGACCCCAUCCCCCUCUCCACCCGCGAACACUGGAUGCGCCGCGCGGUGGAAGCUCUAUCCGACCUCAACGAUGGGUCGCCCUGUCCGUUCGCCGCGUUCGGGUGCGUAAUCGUCAACCAUUCGGCCGUCGCGACGGGUAGGGGCGGUAUCGCGGAUGUAGAACUCGGAGUGGAGCUCGGGAGCGAGGUCUGCAUUGGAGCCAACGCGAUCGUGAGGGAGGGGAACCCGACAAUGCAUGGCGAGGUCGCAGCCAUCAACAAUUGCACCGCCAUUCUCACCGAUCCCGUGGGGAAAUACAAGCUCACAGGCCCCGAGGCCCUCAAGGCUCUGGGCGAUCUGAGUCUAUAUACCACGGCGGAGGCGUGCCCUAUGUGCUCCUCCGCCAUCCUCUAUGGUGGCUUCAAGGAAUAUAUAUUCUCGACGUCGAUCCCGACGCUUCGGUCGCACAACUGGCCUCAGAUCGUGAUCCGAUCGACGGAGAUUUUCUCCCGCAGCGUGGGCAGGCUAUCGGCGCACAGGACACGGAUUGUGGGUGAGGUGUGGGCGAAUGAGACGGAGGAGCUGUUCAGGUGGCAGUUUGGGGGCGCGCAGGCGGCGUGUCCGCGGGGUUGUGUUUGGGAGGCGGAUGGAGAGGGAGGUCAUGGAGGGUGUGUGAAAGGGACCGUGGAGGAAGCGGGAGUGUAUGCCCACAAGGACGAACUGUAG